AUGAAUCAGAGUAGCUUCGCAGCUGUCGCCAACGCGACGGCGGUGCCCGCCUGCGAGACGGUCGCCAGCGUCGCCGGCUCUACGCGCGCGGCGCUGUCGCUGGCGGCGCUGAUCGCCAUCGACGGCAUCAUCGUCGCCGGCAACGCGCUCGUCAUCGCCGCCGUCAUCGUCACGAAGAAGCUGCACACGGUGACGAACCGCUUCAUCGUGUCGCUGGCCGUCGCCGACCUGCUGAUGGGCGUUGCCGUGCUGCCGUACUCGCUCACGCUCGAGGUGCUCGAGGUGUGGGUGUUCGGCAACGUCUGGUGUCGACUGUGGCUCGCCAUCGACGUGCUGCUCUGCACGGCGUCGAUCAUCAAUCUGUGCGCGAUCAGUCUCGAUCGCUACCUCGCCAUCACGAAGCCGAUCGGCUACCCGACGUACAUGUCGUCGUCGCGCGGUAAGCUGCUCAUCGUCGCUGUGUGGAUCAGCGCCUUCCUUAUCUGCAUCCCGCCGCUGCUCGGCUGGAACGAAGACCGGCAGCCGUUUAUCGACAAGAUGGCCGCCGACGGUGGCGCCGCCGACGGCGGCUCGCGCAACCUCACGCCGAGCGAACUGGACUGCGAGCUGAUCAAGGAUCGCGGCUAUCGCAUCUACUCGGCGCUCGGCUCCUUCUACAUUCCCUGCAGCGUCAUGUGCUUCUUCUACUGGCGCAUCUACGUCGCCGCGACGCGCAGCUCGAAGGCGAUGAAGCGUGGCUUUAAGGAAGUCGCCGGUGGUGGCGCCACCAACACCGUGCUGCGUAUUCACCGCGGCGGAGGCAACACGAGCCCCUACCGACGACAGAGCUCGCAGGACGCCGCCGACUCGCUCGUUCUUCCCGCCGACGACCCGCACUGCAAGGCGACGAAAUCGCCGUCGGCGACGACACUCGGCGAUGCCUUCAUGGCGCCACCGUCGCCCGAGAGUCGCCGGUCGUCGGCUGUCUCCGUGCAGGCGAACGGAAACGACCGAGUGCGACGACACGGCGGGUCGUCGCCGCCACAGGGAUCGAACGGCAGGCGCCUCCUGGCGGCGACGAGCGGAGAUAGCCUCGACGCCGACGACGUCGGCGACAUACUGCACGGAGCGCGGCACGACAAUCGCGCGCAACGCCUCAUCCGGAUACGCAAGGAGUUUCGAAAGUUUACGCGCGAGAUGAAAGCGGCAAAAACGCUGGCGGUCAUCGUCGGCGUCUUCAUCCUCUGCUGGCUUCCGUUCUUCACGAUCUACUUCAUCGGAGCGUUCUGCGAGCACUGCACGCCCCCCGUCGUCUUCUCCGUCUGCUUCUGGCUCGGCUACUGCAACAGCGCGCUCAACCCAGCGAUCUACGCGAUGUUCUCCAAGGACUAUCGAUACGCAUUCAAGAGAAUCCUUCGCUGCGGGGCGCUGGUGCGCGCUCGCUAUUCGCCGUCAGGUAGCGCGGAGGCGGCGCGGCUGUCGAUACCGAGCCACAGAGACGAGCCGCUGACGCUGCGCACGCCGUCGAAUAGCAACUCAUUGCCAGUGACGAAAGCAGACGCGCCGAUGAGCGAUGUGAGAUGGUGAAGAUGGUGAGGAUGGCGCCUGAGAGAGCGCAGACGGGGGCGAGAGUCGCGACGAUAUGUCAUGAUGAAUC